AUGAGGGAAAAUUUGCUUUCAGGUGCUUUACUUCAAUCGCAAAAACCUCCUGAAUUGUUAGUAAGUUUUCCAAGAAAUUUGUCUAUUUUUCCUCCUACACCCGAACUAAGAGAACUAAUUCCCAUAUCACCAACAGUUCUUCAAAAUGCUUUUACGCGGUCGCUGUCGCAGAGUUCCCUCGUUCCUGUGCCUAUCAUUCAAGUUCCUGUCCCGAUAAAUACACCAGCAGUUGGAUUUAUGAAACUUGCUCCAAUCGCAGCUCCAGCUUUAAAUGUAAAUCGACUUCAUUUAGAAACAUUAGAAUCAAUAGUUUCAUUCACUCCAACUUCGCCUCCUCUUUCAUGA